AUGCUCUUGCUAUUCCGGCUCGAUGCCGCGGCGGUGGUGCUGCCGCACCCUGACAAGGUGGCGACGGGAGGAGAGGACGCUUGGUUUGCGAGAGGAUCUACAUUUGGGGUCUUCGACGGCGUCGGAGGCUGGGCGGAGCAGGGCAUCGAUCCCGGCCUGUUCAGUCGGGCCUUGGCUGUGGAGACUGCGCGCGAGGUCGCCGGGAUCGAGGGCGCCGAAGCCGCCGAGGAAGACCUUGCGCGCGCGCUCGAUACCGCGCGCUCGAGGGUAACAGCGGUCGGGACCUGCACCGCCUGUCUCGUGCAUCUCUCUGCAAGCGGCAGCCUGACGGCGCUCAACCUCGGCGACUCCGGAUUCCGGCUACUACGUCCGUCGCGCGUGUCGCCGCCGCACCGCCUGGCCGUCACGCUCCGCUCGCGCGAGCAACAGCACCGCUUCAACUGCCCUUUCCAGCUCGGAGUCGGGUCGGGCGAUUCCGCUGCCGACGGCGCUGUUUACUCCGGGGUCGUAAGGGCCGGCGACCUGCUGCUGCUCGUGACGGACGGCGUGACCGACAAUCUGAGCGAGCGGCAAAUCUGCGAGGCGCUCGCGGGUCCGCUCGCGCGCGGCGAGCCUGCGAGGUCUCUCGCCGCCGCCCUCGCGGCGUCGGCUCACGAGGCGAGCCUGCAGCCGGGGAGGAGCUCACCCUUCGCGGCCGCCGCGCAGAAUGCCGGCCUGUCGCACAGCGGCGGCAAGCCAGAUGACGUGACCGUCCUCUGCGUGCGAGUCCUGGACGGCUCAUAGACAGUUCGUAGAGAGACAGCGCUGCAAACGAGUAGACUAGAGUCCCGGAGACCUCGAUGUCGAGCCGGAGUGCGGAGACGAGACUCGAGAGGCGAUAUAGCGCGAGUCGCGCGUGUGCCUGUUGCGGGGCCAGAAUUUCUGCCGAAGGAGUUGCGCAUCGCGGCGAGCGGGGCGACGCAACGUUGCGAUUCUUUCUCGUACAUGGAUAUGUCUAUACGUAAAAGACACGGCGCGCCUGUAUCUCCCCUUUAGCUUUACCGGAUGAUCGGACAGCUGCGAGAGCGCAGAGCGAGUCGAGCCGAGAGGCGCACGCGCAGCGCUCCCUCCCGUGGUUUCGGUGUUCGUGCUAGAGAGGAGGCGCGGCGACUACCACCGAGCUCUGAGCACCAGCGAGGGGCAUGCAGGGAGGGCGGAACGUGUGGGGGAGGGGUGGGGUGGCCACCUGCCACAAAGCUGAGGCUCGUGGGCGAGAGGGGAAAGGAGGAGUGGUUACCCGCGGUCGCGGUCAUCAGGAAAGCAGCCGCUUUGCGACAGGCGAGAGCUUGUGGUGCUCCAUACUCACGUACGGCGAGGAGUACGACAUGCCGGCCUCGGGGGCGACUGCGCGAGAGCUGACGGGCGCCGUGAGGCGCGCGAGCAGACAGGCGCCGCCUCCGACGAGGAGGGCGAGGGUCGAGGCCAUGAGCCAAGGCGACGCGAGGGCGGCGUCGAGAGGCUGCGCGCCGUCCGCGAGCGCGUCGCACCACAUCGCAGCCGCCACGGCCAGACCCAGGAAGAGCGCGAGGCUCGUUCUCGCGCGGAAGCGGCCUCCGGCGCGAAGCGAGCCGACGGGGAGCACGAGGCACUCGUAGACGCAGGCGACGGUGGCGACAGUGGCAAGGUCAAACUGAUUCGAGGAGGGGAAGAAGACGGCGAUGAAUAGCAGCGCAGCGAGCGCGAGCCGCAGCGCGCCAACCAGCGGCAUCAGCUUGACGUCCUCCGCGCCGAAGUCAGCGCCCUUUGGGGAUAUGAAGACAUCGAGCAGCCCGCCGGCAAACUCCACCAGCCCGACCAGGCAGAGCGCCGGGCCGGUGAAGUCGCUGAGCUUCUCCGCGGGCGUCAUCUCUGUGAGUCGUGUGG